UUCGUCGUCGUCCUUAUCCCGGAGACCCACCACCGGAGUGACCGGAGGCAGCAGCCACCAGCCAGCAUCGCAUCCCGCCGCCGCCAGUCGUCUCCUCUCCUCCGCAGUCCUCGCCGUCAGCCGUCUCCCUCUCCCACUCCCUCCUCAGGCCGCCUUACUUAUGGAGACCUCACUGCGCCUGCGCGGCGGCGGCGGCCUCCGCAUCCACGCCAAGGAGAAGCUUGCCCUCGGCCACAACUCCCUACUGCAGGCUCAUGGGGAGAUCGACGCCGGAGCUGCUGCCCCAAGCUACCUCGCUCUCUUUGUCAGGCAAUUCUACCCCCAGAUAGCAGCCAACAUCGGAGUCGGCGUCCAGUUUCACAAAGGCCAACGCCUCACCUACAACCUUCGCGCCAAGAAGGCCCUUCCCUUCACAUCAGAUGGAUUGCUAGGACUAAACCUCAAAGCCCGCCUGCUUACCGACACGGAAUUCAACCCGAGGAAGAGAACUGGAGCCGUCGAACUGGCCUGGACCAUACUUGACUUCAGGAAAGGCCAAGAUGUCAGGCUCAAACUUGGCUAUGAAUUGUAUGGCAAGGUGCCUUAUCUCCAGCUUAGAGAAAACAACUGGACACUGAAUGCUUACAUGGAUGGGAAAUGGGAUGUUAGAUUUGAUAUGUGAUCCGAAGCCACUUCUCUCUGGUGAUUGUUCUUAGUGGUAUCGUUUCCUAGGCUAUCGGUUCUACUUGUUUGUACUGCACCAGAAAAUGCAUUCACCUAUUUUUUUUUAUGAGAACCAGAAGCUACUGGGUUGCUUUGCUUUUCAUAUACAGAAGUAGAAGCUAUUCAUCUGGAUUGGUAGCAUUUACUUAGUG